CUUGUUUAACAGGAGGCUUUCUGUUUCCGAGCUGGUGCUGCAGGAGCAUUCUCCCUCUGCCAAGCUCUGCAUUGAUGUGAUGAAGUGUUCCAUCACCGCAUUCACCUCCAGCCACUGUAUGUGGCAGGUCGGAAAUGAGAUUUGUAACUUGUACAGUCGCAGAUCCUGGUGCUGACGAGCAGGAGAGGAAAUCCAGAGCUAAGGACUGUAUGGAUUUAACUCUUGGUUUUCAGUCAAUGUUGAACUCAUCAGUCACAUGUGGGAUAUUGAUUAGAUGGAGAGACAUCUGAAACAACAGGAGGCUAGUUUAGCGGCCAAUAGACAGGGAUCUUCACCGAAUGGGAAUGUCUCGCAGCAACCAGUCUCCUCUCAGACUACUAUUAACCUCGCGACAUCCCCUGCUGCUGCUCAGUUGAUCAGCCGUGCUCAAAGUGUUAACUCUGCAGCUGCUACAGGAAUCGCUCAGCAGGCUGUCUUACUGGGGAACUCCAACAGUCCCACACUAACUGCCAGCCAGGCACAAAUGUACCUCCGGGCUCAGAUGGCACAGCAAAGUAACCUUGUGCAAGUAGCUAGGACCCUAGGACGUGCUGUUCCUUUGUCCCCCCAGCUCAUUUUCACACCCACUGCCACAGUCGCUGCUGUCCAGCCUGAGGUCACCAUCUCUCCAGCGAAUCAACAAUCCGCUGCUCCACAGGUGCAAAAUUUAGCAAUAAGAAGUCAACAGAAUACAGCAGCAACAGUCCAACCACAACUUCAAAGCGUCACUCUGAAAGCUACCCCCUCCGUUCAGCAAGUUUCAACUACCUCCCAGGCGAAAACUUCAGGACCAGCUCCUGUGGCGGCUACCAAAGGAGGCCAGUCUGAAAACAUGGCAGACAGUGGGAAAAAGAGUGAAAUAGUCAACUCUUCCAGCACUGACACCAGAGCGGUCAGUGUGACCCCCACAGCAACCCCUGUGACCACACACGCCCUCAUUACCACAGCAUACGCACAGAUUCAGCCGCAUCAGUUAAUGCACCAGCAGCAGCAGCAGCUUCAGUUACAGCAGCAACAACAGAAACACCUGCAGCAUCAGUUUGUCCUUCAGCAACAGCAGCUUCAGCACCGACACCAGCAGCCCCAACUGAUCCACACCAGCACCCAGCUCCAGCCACUACAGUCACAGCAGACCCAGAGCCUGGCUGUACAGCCCUGUGCCCAGAUCCAGACCAGCGUGCAUCCUCAGGCCCAGGCUCAUGUGCAGGCACAGCACUGUCAGACUGUCGUCCAGCAGAAACACCAGGCCCUGCACCUUCAGGGGGCUCACUCCCCUAGCCCAGUGCUGCAGCCUGUCUCUCAGGCCCAGCAGAGUUUGCAGUCAGGUCCCCAGCCUGGCCAGCCAGAUACUCUGCUCAACAGUCACGGACAGACUCACCAGCACCAACUGGCACCUCAGACCACUGCAGUAAAUCUCCAAAUCCAGCCAGCAGCUCACGUGAUCCAGCAGUGCCAGAGGAGCAGCCAGGACAUCAGCAGGAGAGAGAAGCCAGACACAGCCAUUGAGAAAGGGCCAUCAGACAAAGCUGCAGUUCAGACAGCACCUCCGACCUCCACCUGCUUAGCAACAUCCGAUCAGAAGAAAACUGAAUCCAGCAAGUCAAUAACACAAGGGAAAGUUCCGGAGAGUGUUAAUGCAAAGAACGCCAGCCCUGUCCCCACCAUGACAUCCGGGAAUGGUAACACAACUUCAUCUGUAACUGUGAGUGUGCCUCAGAGCACCGAGAACAAACCCCCUCAGGCAAUUGUCAAACCACAGAUCCUGACCCAUGUCAUUGAAGGGUUUGUCAUACAGGAGGGGGCUGAACCUUUUCCAGUUGGCCGUUCUUCAUUACUGAUUGAAAACCUGGCAAAACAAAAGCAACAGCAGCAACAAGCAUCCGUGCAGCCGCCAGAGAAACUAACCCAGCUGAAUAACACCGAUUCUGAGAUGGAUGACCUCAGCCAGCAAGACUCAAAAGAAAAGGAAGAGGAUGCUCUCAAACUGAAAUGUGAAUUUUGUGGAAGGCUUGAUUAUGCUCAUAAGUUUAAGGGAUCGAAAAGAUUUUGCUCCAUGGCCUGUGCAAAGAGGUACAAUGUUGGCUGCAGUAAGCGAGUGGGUCUCUUCAAACCAGAUAAAAGCAAAUACUUGCAGAAGAAGGAAGCCAGCAAAUUAGGGCGAAGGGGGCCAAGGAAGAACAGCUUGCACAAUGCCAACAAAGAGCAACACAAGAAACAGCCGAAGCAGCCACCAGCCAACGUAGGAUUAAAUCAGGAGGACUCCAGCAGAGGAUCAGAUAACUCCAGCUAUGAGGAACCACUGUCACCCAUCUCUGCCAGCUCCUCAACAUCUCGGAGGCGCCAGAAUGAUCGAGAGUUGGAUAUUCACGAUAUGAGAGUGCGAGAACCAAUGGGAAUCGGUCAUCACUUUUUGCCCAAUGACCCCACCAAGUGGAAUGUGGAGGACGUGUGUGAGUUCAUCCGUUCACUGCCAGGUUGCCAGGAGAUUGCUGAUGAAUUCCGGGCACAGGAAAUUGAUGGCCAGGCCCUUUUGCUGCUCAAAGAAGAUCAUCUGAUGACUGCCAUGAACAUCAAGUUAGGGCCGGCUUUGAAAAUUUAUGCCCGAAUCAACAUGCUGAAAGAUUCUUAACCAAAAGCUAUGGGAAAUAGAGGAAUGUUGGACAACUAGAGGAAUGGCUAUUCUCUAAGCCGAGGUUUCUGGUCACUGUGAUGAUAGUUCUGUUUGGAAAGAAAACGGAAGUGUUGUACAAUAAACUCCAACUGCAAUGAGUGCAACACAAAACAAUUAUUGGCUUCAUGAGAAGCUUGCAUUCCGGGUACCAUUUUUCCUGAAUAUGGAAAAAGAAGUGCUAUUCCAUAAGCAAAAAUAAAUGCAGCAGUAUUGGCGCAAGGAGUCUUCUCCCCAAUGUGAUUCAAUGCAUUGAGUGUUUAGAUAAUGAUUCUUUUACAGAAUGUUGUGAACCUGCCAGUGGUUGGCAAUUGGACACCUCACUGACAUCCUGAAAAUCAUUUUUUUUGGAACUAGAUCUGUCCUGAGGUUGGUCUCUAUUUGAAUCUGCAUGUUUAGAGAUUAGACUUGCUGUAGAAUGAUUUGAUAAUCAAGAUCUAUUUUGUGAUCUUUUAAUGUGCCUGGAAUAACAAUGGUGCUGUAAAAUGACUCUAAUUGUAAUUGUAUAAGACUGGAUGAUGAAGUAUUUGUGUGGAUGUUCCUGUUUCUAGAAUUUUUAGAUCACGUAAAAGAAACAAGUGAUUUAAUGUUCUGUCUGUGUGGCAGUAUUUCCUUUACAAACUACAGCUGAAAACCCUCACCUGUAAAUAUUCUUUCCCCAACAUGCCAUAGAUUUCAUUUUCCAAGGUCCUUUUUCCCUCUUUCACUUUUUUUCCUGAACUUUUAUAAUAGUGAUUCAG